AUGGUUUCCAAGCUUGAAUAUGAAACUCUUUUCAAGAGCGAAGCUUAUGCUGACUCGUUCAAACGUGGAGAAAUGGUCACCUAUCCAUUCGCUCAAAUGUUGAUUGAGCAGAGCAAGUUGGCCACCGAUUCCAAAGCCCAGCCCAAUCAACCUCUUGUAGUCCUUGACAAUGCUUGCGGUACUGGUGUUGUUUCAAGUAUUAUCAACCAGAAGCUUGAUCCUCUUGCCAAAAAGGGGUGGAAGCUGACCUGUGGAGAUAUCUCGCCGGCAGUGCUCCAGUACACUCAGCAUCGGAUGGAAACCGAGGACUGGCAGAACGCAGAGACAAAGAUUGUGGAUGCACAGGAAUCUGAUUUACCCAGUGCUUUUUACACUCACAUUUUCACGGCUUUUGCCUAUAUGGCACUACCUGAAUCCCUCAAGGGUCUUGAUGAAACUGUCCGAAUGUUGAAACCUGGUGGAACAAUCGCAUUUUCAACUUGGAUAGAACCUGGUUGGGUUUCCGUGGCUCGACAAGCAAUUCAAAAGAUACCUGGUAACCUGCCGUUCCCGGAGACCUCUGAGCUCAUGGCACUCAUGAGUGAUGGAAAAUGGAACUCGGUACCUUGGAUUGAGUCACAGCUGAAACAGCGAGGUUUCCAAGACAUCAAUGUCCGCGUUGAAACAAACCACAUUGCCCUCGAGUCCUCACUCUUUGUGGAUAUGAUUAUGUUGGUCCUUCCGACCAUGAUGAAGACUUUGUGGGAUGACUAUCAACUUAAGAACAACGAAAAGAAGGUUCGUGUGGCUAUAAAACAACACGUGGAAGAAACAUACGGGAGCGAUAGAGAUGUGGAAACGAAUUGGGUGGCUAUUAUUUCUACCGCGCGCAAGGCUAGCUAG